AUGCCUGUGAAGCGCGGCCUGUCGCUGGACGAGAAGCGGCAGCGGCUGCUGGAGUGCUUCCAUUCGAGCGCGGAUGUCUUCGUGUUCAAGGAUGUGGAGAAGAUGGCCGUGCAGCAGGGGAUCACGCCGCAGAGCGUGAAGGAGGUGGUGCAGAGCCUGGUGGACGACGACCUGGUUCACCAGGAGAAGAUAGGAGCCUCCAACUACUUCUGGGCCUUCCCUUCGGAGGCCACAGUGAAGGUGGAGAGCGAGGUGGCAGACCUGACGCAGCGCAUCGCCAGCCUCAAGGUGCAGAGGACGGCAGUGGAGGAGGCGAUUGAACAGGAAAAGAAGGGCAGGGAGGCAUCAGAAGUGCGCACCAGCAUGCUGAGCCACAUGCAGAACAUACAGGAGAACCUGAGGAAACUGGAAAGCGAGCGCCAGAAAUACGCUGACAAUGACCCCAAGAGGUUCAGCGCGAUAAAGGAGGCGAGGGAAGUGGCCAAGGAGGCCGCGAACCGAUGGCUGGACAACCUCCAUGCCCUGCACAAUUGGUGCAGGUCGCAGCUCGAGGGGCGAGAGGAUGACGUGGAGGCCUUCUUCAAGGAGAACGGCCUCAGUGAGGACCUCACCUACCUGUGA